CAUCAGUCAUCAAAUACUAUAUUAUAUCUCCAAUAUAAUGGCCCUUUUCAGAUUGGUUGUUGUUGCAGCCCUUUUCCUGUUGGGGGCUUGGGCAUCUCAAGCCACUGCCCGUACCCUCGAAGAACCUUCCAUACUCGAGCACCAUGGAAGGUGGAUAGCUCGCCAUGGGCAUUCAUACAAAUAUCAUCAUGUCAUGAAGGCAAAGCGAUUCAAGACUUUCGAGUCUUUCAAUAAUGUCAGUUCGAAUCAAGUUCGUAACCCUUUUGACCCGUGGAACAACAACGCUGGUGGUCAGACUACAGAUCCUGAAGAAGAAGAAGAAAACUGCGAUGAAAAUGACAACAGAAGAGGGGAUUGGCUGCCGUUUCUGAUAUCGGCAGUGCUCUUCGUGCUGCUUCAACCGGGUCUGAUUGUCCAGAUUCCGGGAGAGAAACGGUUGAUUGAGUUCAGAACCAUGAAGACCAGUUUCAAGGCUAUAUUUGUUCACACUUUGAUAUUCAUCUUUAUCUGUGUUAUUAUCAUCUUGAUCUUUCAUGAUCACAUCUGAUCUAUCUGUACUUGGGUUCUUCUAAUAAAUCUGUAAUGUUGCCACUA